CUCUCCCAGAGGUGGCGUAGUCUGCUAUUUAGUGGUGCAGUGGGCGGAUUGUAUUUCCACCAUCCAACUUUUUAGCCGUAUUUAGCUGUAAAAAAAAAAAGAGCUCCGGUUUGUGAGGACACCAUGCAGCGGGAGCGCUUGUUGAAGGUGUUGGUUGUAGGGGAUCUGGGUGUAGGGAAGACGGCCAUCAUCAGGCGCUACGUGCACCAGGUUUUCUCUCAUCAUUACAGAGCCACCAUCGGGGUAGACUUCGCUCUCAAAGUGCUGCACUGGGACCCGGGCACCGUCAUCCGCCUCCAGCUGUGGGAUAUCGCCGGACAGGAGCGAUAUGGCAACAUGACUCGAGUGUACUACCGCGAAGCAGUAGGGGCACUGGUGGUUUUUGACAUGACUCGAGUCUCCACUUUCCAAGCUGUACUUAAAUGGAAAUGUGACCUGGAUGCUAAAGUGGCCCUCUGUAAUGGUCACCCGGUGCCAGCUGUCCUGCUGGCGAAUAAGUGUGACCAACAGAAACAUGGCCUGUGUGCCAAACUACCCAAGCUGGAGAGUUUUACGGAAGAGCAAGGAUUCGUGGGAUGGUAUGAAACGUCUGCCAAGGAUAACACAAACAUUGACAAAGCCAUCAUGCGCCUGGUUGAGCACAUCAUGGAGAGUGAUGCUGAGAAACCUGCAGCUGACUCAGAUCGCAGUCGGGUGAUUCUCCCUGAGUCUGACUACAACAUCCAUGAACGCAGGCAAUCCACCUGUUCCGCCUGUUCCAGACCUCACAUACCUCCCAAAGAGCAUGAGCAAUUAUAGCAGCGGAGAAACUAGACAUAUCCAUGUACAUUUACAGCGAUAUAUUUCAAAUGCUUUUGAUGAUUACUGUUAUUAUUUAUACCAGCAUGUUUUUAUAUAUUCAAUAUGCCUUAACUGUAAAUUUGUUCUGAAGGAUUGUGAUGGUUUAGGCAUGAAGACGAUGUUUUCACUUUUGAGAAUCAGAAAAUGUAUGGAAUGAGAGUUAAAGAGGAACUUGUUUUUGAGUUGUACAGUUGUUAAUUUUGCUGAAGUAGGCAACGCAGCAGGACCGUUGAGGAAACUGAGGGCAAACUAUUAACACCUCUGUCAAAAAUAAAUGUCACCAGUAGAAAAUGCUGCCUAAAGAAAACGCUGUCAAUAAUGAGAACAUGCGUCUCUAUGCACAUUGUAAUAGAAUGGCUAUCUGGGAGAAUGAAAUGGACAAAAGGGUUAUUAUUAAAUACAAAUGAAUUGAUUAAUGAAUAUUUUAUAUAGUUUAAACAAUCUUGCAGACAUUUUGUUGAUAAAUUGAAUGAUAGCAGCAUUUAUUUAUACUCAUUUAUACAAUGGAGUGGUUUUAUUUAUACAAUUUAGGACCCAGCAUUGGAAGUUAGGUGCUUCUUUACAAGUCCAACAUCUCAACCACUGAUCUACCACUCCUAUUGAAUGCAUGGUAUUAUUAUGUGUGAAACUUUCAUUAUAGAGGCAGCAAGUGAUAAUACAACAAAACAAGAAGCCAUAUUAUAGAUGCAUAAUGAAGGUUUAAAUCUGACUGACUUGUGAUAUCCACUUGUAUCUGGUACGGAAAUGCACUUGUUUUCCAUUUUAAAUUGUGUAAAUACUUGUCUCCAGGCUUAAAUUCCAAGUGUGUGUAUGUGUGUUUGUGUGUGUUUAUGGGAGACACUAAGCAGGUGCAUGCCUGCUGUUUAAAUCUGUCUCAAGCUGUUAAUGCGGCAUAACUGAAUGGUAAAGCUGCUCUGCUGAAGUGUUAAUGGUGUUAUAACCCAUAUGUCCCUGUGCACUGUGUAACUAAUUAUUGCUGGCAGACACACUGUCCCUCCUCUUGUCCGCUCUAUAAUUUUAAGAUUGUCGCAGCUGUUCCCAGCUUGAAAAAUACUCCACAGAGACUGAAUAAUAGGUGUUUUUGAAAACUGUCAUUCUGUUUAUUGAAUGUGUGCUGAAAUGUUUGCUUGAAUUUAAACAGCAGGUUUAUUUGUGGCCUAUUUGUAUUUUCGAAUCGUUUCAUGUCAGUGGUACGAUGCAUGUACAAGUGCAGGGUUUUUGCAUGAACUGAAAAUAGACCAGCAUUAGUUUCAAUGACCUUUCAGAGCCAUUUUCUCAGCUGACAUAAUAGCAUCAUUUGCAUCGCCAAAUAAAGCCCAGGGAAAGUCAAUUAUACAAUAUGUCAAAUGUCUAUGGCUCAUUGAGAUUUAUAUUGCCUAAUAAAAUGAAUGAUUGUGAUACUGAA